AUGGGCAGCAUCAAGCGCAUAUCCAAGGAGCUGAGUGAGCUUACCGAGUCCCCUCCGGAGGGGAUCACAGUCGAGCUGGCCGAUGAGUCGAACGUGUACGAGUGGAAGAUCACCAUGGAAGGACCCGAAGGAUCACCAUAUCACAAUGGAAACUUCCGAGUCAAGCUCUCGCUACCCACCGAAUACCCCUUUAAGCCCCCGACAGUCUCCUUCGCAACAAAAAUCUACCACCCGAACGUGACAAACGAUGACAAAGGGAGCAUGUGCUUAGGCAUGCUACGUGCAGAUGAGUGGAAACCCAGCUCCAAGAUCGCCGCUGUUCUCCAAUUUGCUCGGCAACUACUGGCCGAGCCGAUGCCAGAUGACGCGGUGGAGGGGAGGAUCGCAGAGCAAUACAAAAACGACCGGAAGCGUUAUGAGGAGGUUGCACGAGAGUGGACUCGCAAGUACGCUUCUGAAUAG